GAUGGAGAGUCUGGCCGCGGCCGGCGGCGCCGCCUCCUCGUCGGGCCGGGCACGGCGGGCCGGGGCCUUUGUGUGAGGCGGCGGCGGCGGCGGCGAUGGUGCUCGGACCCCGCGGAGCCGGAUUGACCUUGCUGGCAGAGGCAACUUCCUAGGAGCUGCUAAGAUGGGCAUGAGAAUCAAGCUGCAAAGCACCAGCCACCCCAACAACCUGCUGAAGGAACUCAACAAGUGCCGGCUGUCAGAGACCAUGUGCGAUGUCACUAUCGUGGUGGGGAGCCGCUCCUUCCCCGCCCACAAGGCCGUGCUGGCCUGCGCAGCUGGCUACUUCCAGAACCUCUUCUUGAAUACUGGGCUUGAUGCCGCCCGGACCUACGUGGUGGACUUCAUCACGCCUGCCAACUUUGAGAAGAUUCUGAGCUUUGUCUACACCUCAGAGCUGUUCACAGACCUGAUCAACGUUGGGGUCAUCUAUGAGGUCGCUGAGCGCCUGGGUAUGGAGGACCUGCUUCAGGCCUGUCACUCAACGUUUCCUGACCUAGAGAGCACUGCAGUAGCUAAGUCCUUGACCAGUGAUAGCCAGUCUGGUACCCUGAGGUGCCCUUCAGUAGAUCCCACCCACUCCCUAGGGGAGCUCCGGGGAAGUGGGGAACAUUUUGGUCCUGAGAGAAACUAUGUGUUGCCUACCGAUGUUGGCGGGAACUAUAAAGAGGAAGAGAGGAAUGUGACCAGUGACACUAACCACAGCUUGCCCCUGCCACAACUGCCCCUGCCACCAAAGAUAGAAGACCAUGACGCCCCUGUUCCGUUCACGUCUGUUCCUAGUAUGGUGACCCAGCCAGUCCUGGGCAAUGUCAACGCAGGCAUCCAGACUGGCACGAGUUCUUGCCAGUCCUACAAAGUUCAAAGCAAUGGAGACUUCAGUAAAAACAACUUCUUCACUCCGAACAGUGCCAUGGACAUUGCAGCCGGGGCCAAUUCCUGUUUGAGCAAUAGCGACCACUCCAAAGAGCCAGGCUUUGGGCAGGUGGAUGAGCUCCAGCUGGAGGACCUGGGGGAUGAUGAUUUGCAGUUCGAGGACCCAGCUGAAGAGAUUGGGACAGCCGAGGAGGUAAUUGAGCUGAGCGAUGACAGUGAGGACGACCUGGCUUUUGGUGAGACUGACAACCGGGAGAAUAAGGCCAUGCCUUGCCAGGUGUGCAAGAAAGUUCUAGAACCCAACAUACAGCUGAUACGGCAGCAUGCUCGGGACCACGUGGACCUGCUCACAGGCAACUGCAAGGUCUGCGAGACCCACUUCCAGGACCGAAACUCCCGGGUGACCCAUGUCCUGUCCCACAUUGGUAUCUUCCUGUUUUCCUGUGACAUGUGUGAGACGAAGUUCUUUACCCAAUGGCAGCUAGCCCUGCAUCGACGGGAUGGGAUAUUUGAGAACAACAUCAUUGUCCACCCUCAUGAGCCCCUCUCUGGGAAACUGGGUCUCUUCUCAGGGGCAGCUUCCCUUGAGUUAAAGUGUGCUGUUUGUGGGAAAGCAUUGGCCAAAGAUUUCCAUGUGGUCCGAGGCCACAUCCUUGACCAUCUGAACUUGAAGGGCCAGGCCUGCAGCAUCUGUGACCAGCGCCACCUCAACCUGUGCAGCCUCAUGUGGCACACGCUCUCUCAUCUGGGCAUCUCGGUUUUCUCCUGCUCGGCCUGUGCCAGUAGCUUUGUGGACUGGCACCUUCUGGAGAAGCACAUGGCCGAGCACCAGAGCCUGGAGGACGCCCGGUUCCGCUGCCACUUAUGCAGCCAGAGCUUCAGGUCCGAGGCCGCCUACCGCUACCACGUGAGCCAGCACAAAUGCAGCAGUGGCCUCGACACACGGCCUGCCCUGGGGCUGCAACACCUAGCCCUCCAGAAGCGGAAGCUGCCGGUGGAGGAGUUCCUGAGUGAGGAGCUGGCUCUGCAGGGCCAGCCUGGGAACAGCAAGUACAGCUGCAAGGUCUGCGGCAAAAGGUUUGCCCACACAAGUGAGUUCAACUACCACCGGCGGAUCCACACAGGUGAGAAACCUUACCAGUGCAAGGUGUGUCACAAAUUCUUCCGAGGCCGCUCGACCAUCAAGUGCCACCUCAAGACGCACUCCGGGGCACUCAUGUACCGUUGCACAGUCUGUGGCCACUACAGUUCCACCCUUAACCUCAUGAGCAAACAUGUCGGCGUGCACAAAGGCAGCCUUCCCCCCGACUUCACCAUCGAGCAGACCUUCAUGUACACUAUCCAUUCCAAAGAGACCGAAAAGAACCCGGACAGCUGACGGGGCCUCCGCAGAGGGGGCUCCCAGGUGGCAGCCAGGAUGGUGAUUUUCUGAAGGCUGUUGGUCCUUCCCCAGCUGAUGCUACAGUUUCGCCUUGCUAGGAAUUCUAUUCUGUGUUGUGUUGAAAGAAGAAAUAGCACAUAAGCUGUUACUGUUUUUGAGAGGCAACAGCCCUGUUACAUUUACCUCCAUACCUACUCUUGCCCACGGAGGGCUGUAUUCUUAAUUCUUUUGAGGCUGGUUUUUAGGAUCUAGUCAAGUGGUCCUGUCAACUAGGUCCCCUUUGCCAGUUUCUCUAGUUUUAGUUUACUGAUAGUUUUUAUGCUGCUAAGAAUCCGACCAAUAGCCUCACUGGAUGGAAGAGGCGGAGAGAGGUUUUCACUGUGGGUGUGACUGUCUGACCUCUGGCGGGGCAUCAGCUAUGAGAAGGUUUGGGGAACGUGGUCGCUCAGAAGGCAGUUCAUCUGGGGUUCCCACUCCCUCCUCAGCAGGGACAAGGUGUCGGGAGCCGAGGGCAGCUCGGAUAUCCUGACUGGACAGUGAAAAUCUCUUGGCAGCUAGAUCCAAACUGAGGACCAAGCUUUCUGUUCAGGUUGGAAAGCUUGGGUGUCCCGUGGUGCCACCCGACGGGAGCCUGGAUGGAUGAAGAACUUACUCCUCUUCUUCCUCAUUUCCAAAGAAACAUGAUUUUUUUAAAGAGUAUGUCCCUGGAUGUCAAGCCUUCUGUCACGAGCAGAGAGGACAGAGAACCACGUUGAUGUAGUCAUCUGCCACCUGGCCGCCUCCUUAACCUGGCGUGGUCUCCUGGGCAGGAAGAGAUCCUCUGACAGCAGCAAUCUUGCCUUAAUUCGAGUCUGCCACUCGGGAUGGUUCGACCCUGUGAGGUGGUGGAACCUAGUGACUGGUGGUAUGCAGCAGGGUGUGACUCUCCCACUCGGGCCUCUUGUUUACUUGGUGGUAAACGUCCGGGAGCUGUGGUUGCAUCGCCUGCAGGUGGCGCACUUGGGUGGCAGCUGGCUUAGGCCUUCCAAAUGUGGCUGUUUGACUCCUUUCUUAGUCUUUGAAGGGACCUUGCCCAAAAACGGCUGGAGGAGAGGACCCUUGAUCUUGCAUACUUAGAAGAUGGCACUUCAGUAGCUCAUACUACCUCACCCUGCUCAGGUGAGCUCUGAGAGUCCCUAGUUUUGGGCCCAGCCAGCCAGCUGUCGCUGCCCACUGGUGGGACUCAGCAGCACCCUGGGCUGUUCCAUAAGCAAAUGGUUUUAAUUAACUCACAAAGCCUUUUUAGACAUUAGUAUUUAUUUUUUUUGUGUUGUAUACAUAUUACCCAGUAUCUCUUUUCAAUAAGUGACUUUAGGAAAAUUAGUUUCUCUCAAGCAAGGAACCAUAUCCACCAGAUGGGUGUGCUGUGGAUUUGGAGAAUAGAGGUGUAACUGUGAGAGAAUGUUCCAGGUCUUUUUUUUUUUUUUUUUUUUUUUGGUUUUUCGAGACAGGGUUUCUCUGUGGCUUUGAAGUCUGUCCUGGAACUGGCUCUGUAGUCCAGGCUGAUCUCGAACUCACAGAGAUCCACCUGCCUCUGCCUCCCAAGUGCUGGGAUUAAAGGCAUGCGCCACCAACACGUGGCUAUGUUCCAGGUCUUUUAAACAGCACAUUUUCGUUUCUCCAGGUGUUUUUUCCAGCAGAACAAAUCUAGAUCAAGUCACAUGAAGAAGGUUUUUGCACAGUUUUUUCUUCUUCCAGCUUAGGGAGCCUCCUGUCCACAUAUGUUAAGACACAGAGGAAAACCCAAGCUGUGUCCUUGUUGGGCCAGCUGCCUCUUUCCCCAUCCCUGAACUGAGAAAGCCUGUGAGUUAAUGCUCAGGGCACUCUGGUGGGCUCAAAUGUUAAGGCUGAGACAGUGGCCAGUCAAAGGCCGCCUUUGGCUAUCUAAACUUGUGACAUUUUUUAUCAGGAACUCAUUGCUGUGACUUCCCAUUUUCUUACACUGGGGAUGUGUAACAAGCUGUAAUUAUGUAUCUGCUGAGCUUUCCAAGACUGCUGGUGAGGAGUGAGUGUGGAUUUGAGAGGGGUGGUACUUACUGGAGCUCAGCAAGGUUGCUGAGAGUGUUUUGAGAAACCUUUUCCUUAGCAUAUGACAUCGUAGAUGCUGGGUAGUCUGUCUACUUAACCUGAAACUGUGAAGUUUUCCCCUUUUGCCAUAAACCAAAAAGCAGAUCUUUGAAGUUUUGCCCUUCAAACACUAAAAACCGUACCCUCUGAUCCCUCGAGGUUAGGUGAUCGGGAGGUCCAUUUGGUCCCAGUCAGACAUGUAGCACGUGGAGUCGGAGGCUCAUGAGGCUCAUUGUCCAGGCCACGCUUCUGUGGGUUGCCCCACACUCAUACCUGUCUCCCCUUCUGUGUGAAGCUGUGUUUGCUUCCCCCGGAGCUAGUUCGUCCUUCUCUUGAGUUGAUUUACUUGAAUCUUUGAUGGUAGUGAGGGUGUUCAAGGCUUCCCGGUGGAAGGUGAUAACUGUGUUUUUGCAUUUUCAGUUUUUAACUUAACACCUAUUUGAUUUCACUUUCUCCUCCCUUUUGGACUCCUGUUUAGCACUAGCCCCUGCUUAUGCUUUAGAGUUCUCUCUGACCCUUGAAUGUUCCAUCUUUGCCUGUGUCGCGCCCCUCCCCCUUUUUUUGGUCUGCAGUUUUCAGAACUCUCUUGUCCAGCAAUCAUUAGGGAUGUCUAAAGCCAAGCUAGGGCAGUCCUAGCUUGUCUGCUAAGGGAAAUUGUGAUGAUGGUGUGACAUGCUGGCACACACAGCAAGGACUGCUUAUGGCCAGAGGACAGGAUGUGUCCUUGCAUGCCGGUGACCCCUGAUGGCUCAGCGAUGCCACACACUGACUGGCAGCUCUACUGAGCGAACCCCAGUAUUCGGUUCUGAGUCUUAAGACUCUGUGGGGUCCCGCAGUUCACGUUAGUUGGGAAGAAAAGAGGUGGUAUUGGUGGGGGUCAGGCAACCCUAAGGACCAGGAAAUAGGAAAGAAUUACAUUUUACUUUAGGUGACGUAUCCACAGCCCCUAGUCUACAGGGCAAGCCUGUACGCUUCAGUGCUUUUUUUACCUAGGCGAGAUUUUGCUACUGACCAUCUUCCUUCUCUGGCUUCCUGCUGUGCUGUGUCCACCAGACCCUAGACUACUCAACUUUGAAAGUUAAUUUAAAUCCCUUCAUGGAUGGACACUGAGACUGUUGGCAUGGGAGGGGCCCUAUGAAUUGGUCUCUGCCUAUCCAGGAGUACCCACGCCCUCUCCCCUAAAUCUUGCACCAAGUGAGUCAGAAAGUGCACAACAUUCGUUUCAAUGUAAUUAUCGUAAUCUUUGUCAGAACGAAAAUGACACUCGUGAUGAUGUUUUGACACCUUCCCAAUGUCUGUUCCCACCCGCCCCCACCUGGAGUAGCUCAAGUCUCUUAUGAAGCAGAGAAGCUGCUGCUGUCUAAUCCUUCCAUUAAAUUAAGAAGUACUGACCUCCUAAUAUUUAAGUGUUUACUAUCUGCUGUAAAGUUUUGUAUAUUUUGUAAACCUUUUCCCCCAAAUAGUAGACGUCUAAAAUCGUACAUCUGAUUCUUUUAUAUCCCAUGGUUCAGCACAAAGUGUGGUUUUUAUUUAGAAUAAAAAAGAAAAAAGUUUGAA